CAGUGUGUAAGUCGCCCCUGUUCCCUUUAAAAUAGUUUUAUGUGCCACGCCCACUUCUUGAUUCCCACUCAGCUGUUACUGUAAGUUUCCACAUGUAUCCAUUCACAAAUCUGCGCAGUUAGCUCAACUACAGGACCCUCGAGUUGGAGGAAUCUCUGCCACGCGCAGGACUGACUACCUCGUCUGACACUUUAGAGCAACUUGUUGCGCAGCUGCUAUUUCUGCCCUCCUGAGUAGUCCUUCGCUGCAGUGGCACUGUGGUGGCAACAGCCACUCAAAUGCAAACUGCCGCUGUUUUAUGGCUCAUCGACUGGAGGUAUUUUUUCUGAGUGGAUACCUGGGUGUCAGCGACGCCGUUUCUGGACCGUGAAGGGAUGAAGCUUAAAAUCGGGGCCUCGAGGAAACUUCCCACCUUCUUGUUUGGGGUUUUCAUCAAAUCCUAAAAGUCUCAGGGCGCCUUCAUCGAGCCUCUUUAAUAUGUUCACAGGGGCAGGGGAUGCGAGUCAUGAGCUGGACGCGUCCUUGCCACAGUCAGGACUGGAGCCACAGCCUCUUCUAUCUGACUUUACUCCUGUGGACCAGACGCAUGAAUGGACUUGCCGACUUUUCAACCAUUCUGCUCAUGCCUGUGAUGGAAUGCCUCUGCGACUACACUGUCCACGUCACUCUACCAUUUCCAUCCAGUCUGCUUUCUAUGGGAGUGGUGAGGUCCUCCUGUGCAGACCACCGCCAAGACCCCACAACCACAGCUGUUCAGCUUUUACUGCCCUCCAGAAGCUGCUGUCAGAGUGUCAGAGCCACAGAGACUGCCAGCUGCCUGUCAAUCACCUGCUGUUUGGGAAGGACCCAUGCCCAGGCACUACCAAAUACCUCCAUGUGGAUUACAAGUGUAAACCCACUGAACACAAAAAACAUGUGGUAUGUGAAGGAGAAACCAUGGUCCUGCGCUGUAAGCCCCCCAGGGUGCUGAACAUCUACGCAGCUGUCUAUGGUCGAAGUCUGGGUCAGACUGACACUUGCCCCUCACACCUGACAAGACCACCCCCAUUCGAGUGUCUGAACCAUGAAGCUGUGCACUUGGUGUCCAAGUCCUGCUACAGCAAACAGAAGUGCGCCGUUGCUGUCAGCAACCAGACCUUUAGGGACCCCUGCUUUCCAGGAACCAGGAAGUACCUCACUGUGCUCUAUUCUUGUGUACCACAGAAUUUACUCAAGGAAGCAGACCCAAACAUGAGUCCCACCUCAUUUUCUUCUACAGAAAAAGCUCCUCCUGUGUAUCCAGAAGAACCUUCUUCCAAAGGGUCAAGUAGGCCAGAAAACUCAGGAGCUAUGAUGAGCAACUCUCUGCUGACUUAUGCUUACGUCAAAGAGCACCCAGAAAUGGCAGCGCUACUGUUCACCUCCAGUGUGUGUGUCGGCCUCCUCUUCACACUGCUGGCCCUGUCUAUUCGAGUGACCUGCAAAGGGCGCCGCCUCAGAGGUCACAGACUCACAGCCAAGUCUGGCAGCCAAUCUGAAAAAUGUCCAAUGGGGGGUGGAGGUGAAGAUGAGGAUGAUAAUGAAGCAGAAGAUGAUGAUGAUAUCGAUGAAACAGAGAGCUCCUUACUUUCAGCUGCAGACAGGAAGGCGAUAUACAACUGGGAGGAAGUGACUUACGUGAGUGAGGCAGCCGAACGGGCAGAGAGGAUCGAGCGCAGAGAGAUGAUCAUUCAGGAGAUUUGGAUGAAUUCAUACCUAAAUGGCAGCUCUUGUUGAAUAAAUACCCACGAUGGAUGCUGUUCAGAACUUCAGGAUAUUUUUCAGCAGAACUUUGACAUGGCAUCAUGCCACAGGAUACUCAGCAAGGUUGAUCAACUGCUGUAUUUACUCAUUCAACUUCAAAUAAAGUAAAAAUAAAUUUUCUACUGUUACAAAAAAGAUCAAAACUCUGGUCAGAAUUCUGAAACCUUUCCCAUCAUUGAUCUUUGUAUACUUAUUCAUCAUUGAUCU